CAGGGAUCGCCUGUGAGCUCCCGAUUGGUUGCGACCCACACUUUAAGCUUUUAAUGUGGCUGCUUUAAUUGGAGUGCUUGCCGCUACAAGCGCGCGGGAGAAACAGAAACUUUUUUUAUUUUCUUUUUCCACUAGCAGCUACAAGAAGCUCUCCACCGCAAAACUACAUCUGUCUCAACACCACAACUUGACAGAAAUGUCUUGAUCCCUUCCUCCAUCGCCGUCACCCAUUUACUAUGGAGUCUUCCAGAAUAUUCAUCAAAGGCCUCCCGCCCACCAUUUCCGAGGAUGAUUUCAAGAAACAUUUUAGCGCACAAUCGCCCGUCACGGACGCAAAAUUGAUUGCGCAUCGGAGGAUUGGAUAUGUCGGAUACAAAACCCCUGAGGAUGCUGCAAAGGCAGUCAAGUACUUCAAUCGCUCCUUCAUGCGCAUGUCCAAGAUUGGAGUAGAGCUCGCACGACCUGUACGUUACUUUAUGAUGGUCACUCGGAACACUGGCUAACAAGAUGCAGAUUUCAGAUCAGUCGCUCCCAGUCUCGAGGAAGGCACAACGUGAGAAGGACAGAGAGGAUGCGGCGUCGCGGAGGAAGGAAAAGGCAUCGGCUGAGAAGGCAGAACUCAAUGCUUCCAGCAAAAGGAAAAGAAGCGACGUGGAUGAGGUCGAUCCCAAGCUGCAGGAGUUUUUGGAAGUCAUGCAACCAGCAUCAAAAAUAAAGAAAUGGCCCACCGGUACUGCAGAUGAUGGCAUGAAAGAACCACCUACAAAAAUACAGGCAAUCGAGGUCCCAGAAGCAGAAAGCGAUGAUGAUUACGAGUCGGUGCCCAAAAAGGUGAGGAAGAGUAGCCCACCCAAGGAAGCCCCACCAGUCGCCGCUGUACCUAUUGAAGAGUUGAAACAGAUUGACGAGCCUAUGCCGGAUGUUGCUGUUGGUGCUACAGACGAUGAUUGGCUUCGGAGUCGGACAAAUAGACUACUGGAUUUGAUGGAUCCUGAUGAUAUUCCCCCUGCCCAGACAGGGACCGUGGAUCUAACAAAUGCAGUACUAGUGGUCGAACCAACCGCAGAGCCAUCGCCUUUUGUAGAAGAGCCACUUCAGGACAUAGACGAGAUCAUGCAAAUGGAUGAAGCCGAAGAGGAAAAGUCAGACCCUAUUUUGGAAGCCAUAUCUGCAGCAAAUGGCCGCUUAUUUGUCCGAAAUCUUCCAUACACCGCGACCGAAGAUGAUUUGCGAAAGCACUUCGAGCCAUAUGGAUCACUUGAAGAGGUACGUGCGAUGCGUGUUUUUCUUUCUCUUUUCCUUUGCUUCCUGAUGAAUAUCCAGAUAGGGACAGCUUAUGCCAAGGCAUGUGAUGUGAACUGGACGAUUAUUUUAGUAGAUGCUUCGUAUUUUCUGAACGCAAACAUAAUUUCUUGAUUCGGAAUGCCACAUUACUUUGAUGAAUUGUGCUAACCUCAAGGCUUAGGUACAUUUGGCGGUGGAUGGUUCAGGAAAGAGCAAAGGCUUUGUUCUAGUUCAGUACACCGAUCCAACUGCGGCUGCUGAAGCAUUCCACAACCUUGAUGGUGAGUCCUUUCAGGGAAGACUGCUACAUAUUUUGCCGGCAGCACCGAAACGAGAAAAUAAGUUGGACGAAUUUGCAAUUGCAAAGUUACCACUUAAAAAGCAAAAACAAAUCAAGAAAAAGGCGGAAGCGUCAUCGGCUACGUUCAACUGGAAUUCUUUGUAUAUGAAUCAAGACGCUGCUAACUCCUCCAUUGCCGAACGAUUGGGAGUUUCAAAGUCUGAGCUACUCGAUCCUACAUCAGCUGAUGCAGGAGUCAAGCAAGCUAUCGCGGAAACAUCCGUCAUCCAGGAGACGAAGUCAUACUUUCUCAAAAAUGGCGUCGACUUGGAUGCCUUCAAGAAAAGAGAGCGAGGUGACACGACUAUCCUUGUCAAGAACUUCCCGUAUGGUAUGACUCUCGAGGAGCUUCGGAAAUUAUUUGAGGAGUUUGGCCAGGUGCUACGAGUACUGAUGCCACCCACUGGAACCAUUGCAAUAGUGGAGUUUGCUCAGCCAACCCAUGCAAGAGCUGCAUUUAGUAGUCUGGCGUAUCGGCGAAUGAAAGAUUCGAUCCUUUAUCUUGAAAAGGCACCGAAAAAUCUCUUCACAGGCAGUAGUAGCAACGUCACAACAUCCGAUCUCGAUCGAAAUGCAAAGAAAUCUAUCUCCACCUCUGAUCUUCUAGAGGGAGAAACUACCACAGAUGGGGCAGAUACUACCACAUUAUUCGUUCGAAAUCUUAACUUUACUACCACUAGUGCUCGCCUUACUGAAACAUUCAAGCCUCUCGAUGGUUUCCUGUCUGCGCGAGUCAACACAAAGACGGACCCGAAGAAGCCCGGCCAAGUUCUGAGCAUGGGUUUCGGUUUCCUAGAGUUCAAGACAAAGGCGCAGGCUCAAGCCGCUUUGAAGGCUAUGGAUGGAUACACGCUCGAGGAUCACAAGCUUCUCAUCAAAGCAUCUCACAAAGGAGCUGAUGCUGCGGAAGAGCGGAGAAAAGAGGACAGAGCUAAGAAGAUCGACGGAAAACGAACAAAGAUCAUCAUCAAGAACUUGCCUUUCGAGGCAUCAAAGAAAGAUAUUCGGGCUUUGUUUGGAACAUAUGGCCAACUCCGAUCGGUUCGGGUGCCCAAGAAAUUCGAUCACUCGGCUCGAGGAUUUGCUUUCGCAGAUUUCAUCACGGUCCGGGAGGCGGAGAAUGCUAUUGAGGCAUUGAAGGACACUCAUCUUCUUGGACGACGCCUCGUGUUGGAAUUUGCCUCGGAUGAUUCUGUUGAUGCAGAAGAAGAAAUUGAGAGGAUGCAAAAGAAGAUAGGAGGUCAGGUGAGUAAGGUUGCUAUGCAGAAGCUUACUGGCGGUGGCCGCAAAAAAUUCAAUAUUGAAGGGAACGAUGGAGAGGAGGAUUGA